AUGAUGGACGAAUAUUUAAAUCAAUCGAUUUAUCAAUCUACCGAUUUAACUUCAUUUUUAAAUAAUACAAAUAGUAAUAAUAGUAAUGGCAACGGUCACAAUAACAAUAACAACAAUAACAAUGGAAAUGAACUAAAAGAUUUAACAGUAUCUCAAUUAUUUAAUAAUGGAUUUUUACAAAAUAGUCUACCUCCUCAAUCAUUUCAACAACAACAGACAAUAUUAAAUGAUAUUGGUGGUGGUGGAGUACCAUUACCACCACAAAGUUAUGAUGAGUUGUUUAAAAAGGCAUCAUUAAACAAUGUACAUAUUCCAUCGGGUGCACCAACCGAUUUGGCAUUUGUUCAAAAUAUCAUCCAAAGUCAACAAGACCAAUUCCAAAAAAAAGUUGGAAGAUCAAGAGAACAACAACAACAAUUUUCUAAAUUGGUUGAUGAUAAUACGACCACAAACAAACCAUCAACCAAUUCUUCAACCAAUUCUUCAAUCAAUUCUACAACCAGUUCAACAACAAGCGAUCCAACCACUACAACCACUUCAACCAAUUCAAUUACAAUCACCUCCACAUCCAUCACAACAUUAUAUAAUCUACCACCACCUAUUCAAAUAAACUCUACUAAUAAUAAUAAUAAUAAUAAUUCUGGUAAUUCUGUUGGAUCUGAAAAUUCAUCAUCAUCAUCAUCAAUUUCAUCAUCAUCAUCAACAACAUUCCAACCAAGACCAGCAUUUAGUUUACAAAAUACAAUGUUUGCACAAUCACAUCAACUUCAACAACAAUUGAAUCAAAUGGGUCAACCAUUAAAUAAUAAUAACUCUUCCUCUUCUUCUUCUUCUUCAUCAUCUUCUUCAUCAUCAUCUUCUAUUUCUUCGGAAAUAUCAUUUCAACAACAACCAUUACAAUUUUAUCAUAAACAAAAAGAAAUGAUUGAACAACAACAUAGAGAACAACAAGAACAACUUCAUCAACAAAAUUUGAUUCAUCAACAAUACCUUCAUCAUCAACAACAAGAACAACAAAAGAAAAAAGAAGAAGAAGAAGAAGAAGAGAAAAAGAAAUCUAGAUCCAGUCAAAACACUGCCAGUCGUAACUAUCGUCAACGUAAAAAAGAUCAUAUUCAAGAAGUCGAACUACGAGUAAAGGAGUUGGCAUUGGAAAAUGAACAGUUACGCAAGGAAAAUAGAGUAUUAAAGACUGGUGAAAUGGCAGAUAUUAUGAGACCAGAUAGUGAUUUCCAUGAAGUCAUUCGUGAAAGUCAAAACCUACUCUUGCAAUUACAUCAAGCAGUCACCAAAAAUGAUGUAAAAUCGAUCGAGUAUCUUUUACAAUUAUAUUAUUUCUCUUCUCAAUUACGUUCAACUGUUAUUGAACGUGAAGUUGAAAAGGUUGUUCAUCCUUAUACUCAAGCAAGAUUAGCAAUAAUGGGAUAUAAAUCAAGUAGUGAAACAUCAAUAUUUUGUGGUAGACCAAUGACAUCUACAUUGUGGUGGGGAAAGUUUGUUGAUGAAGUUAGUAUGAAUGAACAACAAUAUAGAGCAUCUGAGAUUUUAUGGUCCGAUCAUACAAAGAUUCAUGAAGAGUUGAGAACAGAGCGUGACAAGUUGGAUCGGGAAAUUAAAGAUAUUUUCCUAAGAAAAUUGGUUUCUUGUGGAACACCAUUAUACGAAAACGAACAAUCCUAUCCACCUCUACCACCCAACAAUGAUAUUUUAAUUAAUCCAAGUGGUUCCUCUUCUUCUUCCUCUUCUUCACCUUUACCAUUUAUCAAUACUUCACCUAUUGAUAGUAAUAAUAAUAAUAGUCCAAAUAAUUCACAUCCACAUCAAUAUUCACCAUAUCCAACAUCAUCUGCUCCACCUGCUUCAACUGGUUCAACCAUUUUACCAUUUGACAAGGGAACUAUGGAAUUGUCAGAGUUGUUGGAUCUAACAAGAAAAUUGGAACAAUUGAAAAAGAACUUUGUCAAACAUAGAAAUUUGAUUUGUGAUACUGACUUGGUGCUCAGUACCAUCCUUACACCAGUUCAACACGCAAAAUUAAUUCUUAGACUCAACAGUGUCUCUGCCUAUGAUAUUGGUGUGGUUGAUACGAUUACCAAUGUUUGGGGAACCAUCCACAACCACAAACCAACACCAGGAAAUGACAAGGCAUCGUUUGUAUCCAAGAUGCUCCCUACAGAGGAUGGAAAGUUUCCAUUUCAAAGUACCUAUAGCAACGACUAUCGUGUUCAAGCAGGCAAGGGAUUCAAUCUAGACAAGGUCCAACAAAUCUAUGAAAAUCUCUAUAAAAAUGUUUACAAUUCUCCUCCACCCGUAAACAUUCCACCAGUCCCCAUUGACUUGGUCAAUAAUCCACCUGCACCAUUUGAACCUCCCAAUCUUGAACAAUUAAAAAUUUUACAAUCUCCAAUACUUUCAAGUCAACAACAAAAUCAACAACAACAACAACAACAACAACAACAACAACAACAACAACAACAACAACAGAAUCAUCAUCAUCAUCAACAACAACAACAACCAUCUCCACAUUCUUCAUCUUCAACUCCACCAGUUUCAUCACCAUCUCAACAACCUCCUCAAUCUCCAUUGACUAAUAACAAUAAUAAUAAUGUAAAUUCUCCACCUCAUAAUAUUCCAAUUGAUUGUGAUCCAAAACCAAAUAAUAAUAGUAAUAACAAAAACAAAACGCCUUGUACAAAUCAACAACAACAACAACAACAACAAAAGGUCAAUGAAAUUAUUGAUCUUGAUCAAAAGAUUAAUCAACAAAUUUCACAACAAUUACAUCAACAACAACAACAACCACAACAACAAGUUAACCCAGGUAGAAAGAAUAAGAAAUUCCAAUGGUAUAGUUAUAAAACUCCUCAACCAAAUCAACCAAAUAAUAAUUAA